ACACCGGGAGAGAUGGAGAGAGAAAGAGAAGAGAUAGUGUUUUGGUUUGUUGAGUAGGAAUAGAUCCAAAAAUGCAGCUGACCUUUGAUUACUCGUGUUAGCAACACUUCUCUUUCUUUUCAUUUGUUUGUCAUUUCCUCUCCCAAACUAAAAAGAAAAAAAAUCGAAACUUUAUAGAGAGAUACUAUACUGUGUGAAAUUACACAAAAAAGCUUGUUUUACCUUUCUCCCUUCGCUUGAAGGUCGGAUCUUGUACUUAGCUAAGAUAGAAACUGUCACAUCUCUAAAUCUGAUCACAGAGAAAGAAUCAAACUUGCUGCUUCUUUUUCUCUUUUCUCUGUAGCAUUUGGGGAAUUUUCAGUUUUGUCGGUUUCUGCAGCAUUCUUCUUGUUCAAGAGAUUUUGGUUUGAGAUUCAAAAAAUUUCAUAUGGAGGAAGAGAAAGAGAAGAAGUUUGUGUGCAAGUUCUGUUUCAAGGUGUUUCCUUCUGGGAAAUCACUCGGAGGUCACAUUAGGAUUCACUCGAACGAGAAUUUUGUUGAUUCAGAUCGUUACAAUGGUAGUUACAAGAAGAAGAAGAGGUUGGUGGAUCAGAGAGAGAAGCAGCAGCAACAACAACAACAAGUUUGUUGCAGAGAAUGUGGUAAAGGGUUCGUUUCUAUGGAAGCUCUUAGCGUUCACAUGGCUUGUCACUCUGAGGGAGAGAAGAUGUUGAUAGAUUACCAAUCUGAUACUGAGUCUGAGACUUCCUCUGCUCCUACGAGGAAAAGAUCCAGGAGGGUAAUUGAUCAGAAACAUAAACAACAACAUUUUUGCAAAGAUUGUGAUAGAGGGUUCGUUUCUUUUAAAGCUCUUAGCGUUCACAUGGCUUUCCACUCUGAAGGAGAGAAGAUGUUGAUGGAUAGCCAAUCUGAUACUGAGACUUAUUCAGCUCCUACGGGGAAAAGAUCCAAGAGAGUGAUGAGAAGAUCCAAUUCAGAAUCUUUUAGUAGUGGGAGCUUGUCUUUUGCUUCUGAUAUUGACCAAGAAGAUGGGGAGGGGGCUUAUACUUUGGUGAUGUUGUCGAGAGAUUUUAGUUACAAGAAAAAAUGUAACUUGGUGAUGAACUCUCUGGGUGAAUCAUCUGACAACAACUCUGGGAUUGUUGAGACUAAGUCAUCUUCAGGAGAGGAGCUAAAGACCUUAAAUGUGAAAAAGCAGAUUUUAGAGAUAGAUAAAGUUGUAGACGAUGACCAAUUGAGAUCUGCUUAUAGUAAUGGUGUUAGUCUCUGUGAUUCAGAUGGCUCUGAUUCUGAUUACUUCAUGAAUGGGCCAAAGGAGUCGGACUCAGACAUUUCAGUUGACGGAUCUCUGAGGAACACUGGAUUUGGAUCUGGAUUCAACAACUCAUUGAACAUAUUGAAGAAUAGUGAUGAGAGAAGAUCAAAGUAUGAACUGAGCAAAAGCAAAAGGGUCUUGUUUUCUUAUGAGACUGAUUCAUGUGCAAACACUAACAGCAAGAUUCAUAGGUACAGAGAUAGCAAAUCUCCAGUGGUCAAGAAAGCAGGUGUUGAAAAGAAGAAAAGCAAAGGUCACGAGUGCCCAAUUUGCUUCAGGGUGUUCAAAUCAGGACAAGCUUUAGGUGGUCAUAAGAGAUCACAUUCCUUUGGUAACCAAGAACACAACCAAGCAUCUGAAAUGCGUAACCGAAUCGAUCUCAAUGUUCCUGCUUCAGAUAUUGAUGAAUGAAAUCAGAACCUGAAACUAGAACUUUUUUUUGCUUGUUUCUUUGCUCCACAUUUUCAAAAAUUGCUCAAGGUUUGGAAGAUAGAUCAAAAAGUUUUUUGAUUUGUUCAUAUAAAGCUGCUCAUCACUUAGAAGAGCCAAUUCUUUUCUUUAUGAAUUCAAGUGUUGGAUGUAUAUAUCUGCAGCUUUCUAGGGACCUUUACUGUUUCUUACAGAGAACUUCAUUCUUAUUGUCUUCAAAGAAAGCUGUCAUCUUUAACUUU